AUGAAUUUUCCUGCUUAUCUGAAUGCCUCUCAAGGGAUUCGACCCUGGCCGAUCGGUUGUAUUCAAGGACGACACUGGUACAAAUUCCUCAUCUCGAGCAUUUCCGUCCUGGCUGGAGGUGUCACAGCCGUCCUCGUGGCGAGGCUAAUGCUCUGGAUUGCCUUCAAAAUCCGCCUGCCCAGAUCUCACGAGGAACACCCAACUUGGCGGGGUAGGAAGGCCAAGAAGAGAAAUCUUGCUCAACGACCUACCAUUGGCGAUAUUGGAACGCAGUUGAAGGAAUGCCUAGGCGACUCACUGUCUGGUCAAAGGAUCAGUGGUCGAACCAUUCACAUCGUCGUCUUUGCCCUAAACGUUGGAUCUUUCUUUCUGUACGCACUGGAUGCCACUAUGUUGCAUUACGAACCUAAUCGACAGGGUCUCGAAAUAUGUGCUACAGUCCAUGUAGAUCCCUUCCAAAGAGUGGAUUUGAUAAUCAAUCUGAUCUUUCUGUGUUAUUUUCUGGUACGAUUCAUUGUCUCAGAUAAUAGGCUACUGUUUUGGUUUGAACUCUAUUCCCUAGUCGACGUUUUCACCAUUCCACCAGCCCUGUUGUCCCUCUAUCUUGGACGGAGUUGGCUGGGUCUGCGAUUUGUAAGGUGUCUCAGUAUCCUGAGCCUCACGGACGUCCUCCAGUACUUAAAUAUUAUCAAAUCAAGCACGGCUAUUCGACUAUCUCAUCUGGUCACGUUUUUUGCGGCCUUCGUGAUCUCAGCGUCAGGAUUUAUACACCUCGUCGAAAACUCCGGCGACCCACCGGAUUUCCUGAAUCAGCAGAAUUUCACCUACUUCGAAUGCCUCUACUUAACAAUAGUUACCAUGACAACCGUCGGCUACGGUGAUUUCACGUGUCAAACGACAACUGGAAGGGCUUUCAUGGUGGUGUUCAUUCUAGGCGCGCUUGCUGUGUUUGCCAAUGCUGUCCCGGAAAUCGCCGACAUCUUAGAUUCUCGCACGAAAUACGGCGGGACGUAUGUAACGAGACUGGGCAAGCCUCAUUUGAUCCUCUGCGGCCACAUUACAUUCACGAGUGUGAAAAAUUUUCUAUCUGAUUUUUUGCACAAAGACCGCGAGGACGUGGUCACUGAAAUUGUUAUUCUGGACCAGAAGGCGCCGAACUUGGAGAUGGAAGGCCUACUCAAACGCUAUGAAAAUCAAGUCCACUAUUUUCAGGUUAGUUGUGCUUUCAAACCCCUACUAAAAAUUUUAACUGAGGACUUAUUGUUAUCACACAAAAUCGUAACCCUGAUCUAUCGUGAGUUUGUCAAAAAUUGCAUAGAAAAUUAUAUUACCAUUCGCGUACUUGGCAACAAAUGCCAACAAAACCAGAGUAUUAAAUAUUCUAAAAAAUUUCACAAGAAUCUUUACAACCAUAUCAUUUUAACUUAA